UGGUUUCCAAAUUCAAGAAGCAAAAUCCUAUCAAACGUUUAGAACACUCUGGUUUACUUGGAUAGUGUUGGUGGGAAAAACAGAGCAGCAACUGUCAUCAAUGGCUACCAGGAGACCUCUACAGUUUGUAUUGAAGAGGAUUUGCAGGGGUAGGAGUUUCAGUGCUCUUCCUGAACGGAGGCCUUCCUCUUCUCAGGAACUCAUCAAUUUGGAAUAUGAAUACAGCGCUCACAAUUACCACCCAAUUCCUGUGGUAUUUUCUCAAGCAAAGGGAUCAUGUGUAUGGGAUGCUGAAGGCCACAAAUAUCUGGAUUUCCUCUCAGCUUACUCUGCCGUCAAUCAGGGACAUUGUCAUCCCAAGGUCAUAAAGGCCUUGCUUGAACAGGCAGGAAGGGUUACUCUCAGCUCUAGGGCCUUCUAUAAUGAUAAAUUCCCACUAUUUGCAGAGCGGAUAAAAAGCAUCUUUGGUUAUGACAUGGUGCUACCAAUGAAUACUGGAGCUGAAGGUGUAGAAACAGCUCUUAAGUUGGCAAGGAAAUGGGGUUAUGAAAAGAAAAAGAUCCCCAAGGAUGAGGCUAUUAUUAUUUCAUGUUGUCGCUGCUUCCAUGGCCGUACCAUUGGUGUGAUUUCUAUGAGCUGUGACAAUGAAGCUACUCGUGGUUUUGGACCAUUGUUACCUGGCCAUCUUAAGGUUGAUUUUGGUGAUGCUGAUAUGCUUGAGAACAUCUUCAAAGAAAAAGGAGAUCGGAUUGCUGGAUUUUUAUUUGAACCCAUUCAAGGAGAGGCUGGGGUUAUAAUUCCACCAGAUGGUUAUCUAAAAUCUGUGAGAGAUCUAUGCUUGAAAUACAAUGUUUUAAUGAUUGCUGAUGAAAUACAAACUGGCAUAGCGCGCACUGGAAAAAUGCUGGCUUGUGACUGGGAAGAUGUUCGACCUGAUGUUGUGAUUCUAGGAAAAGCAAUCGGUGCUGGAGUCAUACCUGUAAGUGCUGUGCUUGCAGACAAGGAUAUAAUGCUAUGCAUCAAGCCUGGAGAACAUGGAAGCACCUUUGGUGGAAAUCCUUUGGCAAGUGCGGUGGCCAUUGCUUCACUAGAUGUCAUCAUUGAGGAGGGACUUAUUGAGAGGGCUGCAAAGUCGGGGCAGGAAUUUAGGCAUCAGCUAGUGAAGGUUCAGCAACAAUUUCCUCAGAUAGUAAAAGAAGUUCGUGGAAAAGGUUUGCUCAAUGCUGUGGAGCUCAGUGGCAAAGCUCUGUUCCCUGUUUCUGCUUAUGAUAUCUGUCUCAAGCUGAGGGAUAGAGGAAUUCUUGCCAAGCCAACACAUAACACUAUAAUUCGAUUAACCCCACCACUUUCCAUGAGGUAAAUAAUUCAUUCUUGAUGAAU